GAUCUGACUCCAUGUUUCAGAAGGCUUGAUUUAUUAUUUUAUGAUAUAUAUUAUAUUAAAACUAUACUAAAAGAAUAGAAGAAAAUAUUUCAUCAGAAGGCUGGCUAAGAAUAGAAGAAGAAAGAAUGAAUAGCAAAGGCUUGUGUCUUGGACAGAAAGUCUGAGCCAGCUGACUGUGAUUGGCCAUUAAUUAGAAACAACCAACAUGGGCCAAUCAAAGAUCCAGUUGUUGCAUUCCACAGCAGCAGAUAACCAUUGUUUACAUGUUGUUCCUGAGGCCUCUCAGCUUCUCAGGAGGAAAAACAUAAGGAAAGGGUUUUUCAUAAAAGAUGUCUGUGACAUGCUGGCUCAUAGCUCCUUAAUGCUUAGGAUGAUACUAGAGAGGAUCAGCUUGAGAUUCCAGUGUCAGAUGGAUAAACUGGUGCUGUGGUGGCUGCAGAGCCUUUGCUGUGUGCCAUGCACUCACCACUCUCAUGUGGAGGAGUUUUGGACUGAGGUGGUGAGGGAUGGGAGAGCACCUUGUUGUGUUGUCAUGAGCAUGUAUGGGGUGUGUGAGGCAGUGAGUAGGAUUGUGCUCCUGUGAGGAUAAUCCUGGAGGCAGAUCAGCUGAAAAGUGUGAUUACAAUAGUGAGUUCUGCUGUGAGGGUUGUUGGUGAUGGAGUGGUGAUGGAGUCACACCCUGUUUUGGUUUUUCCCCGUGUCCCCAGAGCUCUGAUGCCAGCAGGGCCGCAGCCGCCGUGCCCCGAGCCAUGCGGUGACAGCGACGAGGGCGCAGCCCCCCGCAGCCAUGGCCCAGUCCCGGGCCAACGGCUCCCACUAUGCCCUGACGGCCAUCGGGCUGGGCAUGCUGGUGCUGGGCAUCAUCAUGGCCGUGUGGAACCUGGUGCCCGGCUUCGGGCCCCCCGACAAACCCGGCGGCAACAGCAGCAAACCCGAGCGCGGCUCCGGCGGCAUCCUCAGGAGCAAAACCUUCUCGGUGGCCUACGUGCUGGUGGGGGCCGGGCUGCUGCUGCUGCUGCUCUCCCUGUGCCUCAGCGUGCGCGACAAGAAGAGGCAGAGCCAGGAGCUCUCCGUCGGCCACGUGCAGCGCCAGGUGUCCACAGAGCCCUCGCAGCAGGAGGACAGCCAAGAAGAGGAUGAAGACGUCUCCUCGCAGUACUACGUGCCCAGCUACGAGGAGGUGAUGAACACGGGCUACUCGGAGCCCAGAGACUCGGACAGGAGCAACAGGCUCAGCGUGGCGCUGCCCUCGUACGAGUCGCUGGCGGGGCUGGAGGAGGGCGGGGCGGCGCCGGGGGCGGCGGGCGCGGAGCCCGGCCCGGAGCGGCCGCCCAGCCGGCACGGCUCCCGCCUCAGCAAGCGCCUCAAGCCCCUCAAGGUGCGCAGGAUCAAGUCCGAGAAGCUGCACCUCAAGGACAUCCGGCUCAACCUGGCACAGGGCAACAGCAGCGUCCCCAUCACCAUAGAGCCCCUCACCCCCCCGCCCAAGUAUGAGGAGAUCCAGGAGAAAAUGCCCGUGGGCCAGCAAAUGCCUUAAAAAUAUAGAGGAAUCUGUGAUGCUGCUUGGUUGAGGGUUUUUUAAAACCCACCGUGCCCAGAGGGGGUUGGUGUGUGGGGGCAGCAGCAGCCAGGGCUGCCUGGAAGCUGCCACGUGGAGGACGUGCUGUGGCACAAGGAUGGGACUCCUUUUCCCUGGGACUGUGGGGAAAGAAACCUGAACACCACAAUUCUGCUGCUGUGAAGUAAAUGAAGGCUGGACAUGCCAAAAGUGUCCCUUGUGGUGUUUGAAAUGAGACCACCCAGUGCAUCCCUCAUCUCCUCUCCCUCUCUCUUCCUGCAAGACUUUUCCAAGCCACCAAACUGAUGUUGCAGAAGGAUUUUCCAAGUGGAAAAGUGAAAUGUUUCUUUUUUUUGGAUGUCUUUUCUUUCUGAGGAAGGGGAAGCACAUUGCCAGAGAAGCACCAGGGCUCUCCCUGGCUCCCAGCUGGGCUGGGCUGGUGGCCCUGAGCCAGCCCUGACUCCUGCCAAGGUCUCUGCUGGCUGCUGGGGAGCAGCUGAACGGGGAGAGGAUGGAUCUCUGAAAGGGGAGAGGAUGGAUCUCUGAAAGGGGAAAGGAUGGAUCUCUGAAAGGGGAGAGGAUGGAUCUCUGAAAGGGGAGAGGAAGGAUCUCCUGCCUUGCUGCCUUCCCUGCUGUGUUCUGUGCUCCAUUCGAGGCAAGGGGGUGACUCUGGGGGGCUGGGGGUGCCAGAGCCAGGGGUGGAACCACUGCUGAGCAUCCUGUGCAGGCAGGCUGGUCUGAAUAAAUGUUUUGUAUGUUGUGUUUGCUGUGUGCUUUGUACGUUGUGUGUGUGUGUUGAGUACAUUUUGUGUGUGUUUGUACAUCGUGUGUGUGGUGUGUGCUCGUGCAUGGUUGGCCCUUCCCAAGGUUUCUGAUCCACCAGCAGAUGCUGCUCCAUGGGCAUCCCCAUCCCCAGCACAGAGCUGUGUUCUGCUGCCAGGGAACUGAUUGUUGCUUGGGAAAAGAAGAGGAAAACCCUGAACUGAACAAAGCAAAGAGGAAAAGCUCAGCCAGGCAGGCAGCAGCAUGGCCAAGGUUUCCAAGGCUACUGCAGCCACCCUGCCAGCUGGGACAGGGCUGCUUUUGGGUCAUUUUGUGCAAUUCUGGUGCUUGAGUUGGUUGAACCACUCGUGGCUCAGGUUGUGUUGGGUGAGAGGUUCCUGAAGGAGAAGUUGGUUUCUUGGGAAGCCUUUCCAAAGCACUCAGGGUGUUUCCAGCUGAAAUCCGACACCAGGAGCAUCAGGAGCCACAGAGGGGCCGACAUCGUCCUGCAGGUGGGGCUGAGGCAGCUGAGCAUCCUAAAACGGGAGGGGGAUGGAGGGAAGGGAUGUGCACAGUGUGCAGGUACCGGUUUGUGCUGGGAUUGACAGCCAGGAAAGGGGCUUGGCAAGGCAGGGAUGAACCUGGAGCCACCUCCAGCAGCGUCCCCUGCCUGUCCCUCACCCGCUCCCAGUCUGCAGGGGGAGCAGAGCGCCGUGCAGCCCUGGAAUUCUCCUCCUCAGCAGCUUCAUCCUUCAGGCCUUAACUCCCCUCAGGGCACCUUUGUCAGCAGCUGCCAGGUCGGGGUGAGGCCGGGGCACAUCUCCAGGGAAAGGCGCCCAGCAGAGCUGGGUGGGUGCUGCUGCCAGGGAAGGCUCCAGAAGCAGGAACUCACUCCCAGCUCCUCUGGCGAUCCUCGAGAAAGGCGAGGCAGCACAAAGGUAAAGCUGGAGCUCCCUCUGCUGAAGAAACUGGGGCAGUGUGGUAGGGAAGAGGAAAAGCGUGGGAUAGAGAUGCACUGGCUAAGGUAGAUCUGGAUUUCUUAUAUUCUAAAAUCCUGUGUAUGAUGCAGCAGAUACGGGGGGUUAUUUUAAAAUCAAUUUUUAUAGAAAGCGCCGUUAUUUGCCAAUAGAUAUAAAAAUUACAAACUCUGCAGUUUCAGUAUUUUACACACACGCGCACGGUCCCUGUGAAUUUCCAGGCAUUUUGGGGCCGUACCCUCCUUUUUUGAGGAGCCCGUGCUCCGCAGAAUCGCUGUGACGU